AUGCGGGGCGGCGGGGGCGCGGCGGCGGCGGCGGGCGCGGGGCCGGCGCGGGGCCGCGCGGGGGGCGCGGGGCGGCGGCGGCGGGCGCGGGGCGGCGGCGGGCGGCGGGCGGCGGCCAACGCGCGGGAGCGGCACCGCACGCACAGCGUCAACGCGGCCUUCGGCGCCCUCCGCCGGCUCAUCCCCACCCGCCCGGCCGACCGCCGCCUCUCCAAGGUGGAGACGCUGCGCCUGGCGGCCAGCUACAUCUCGCACCUGGCCAACGUGCUGCUGCUGCAGCAGCGCCGGCAGGACGGGGCCGGGGAUGCCGAGCAGUCGUGCCCGCAGCCUUGUCCACAGCCGUGCCCGCAGCCGUGCCCGCAGCCCUGUCCACAGCCCGUUCAGCCCGCUCAGCCCUGCUCGCCACCAGGUGCCUCCGCGCCCCGCUCCAUCUGCACCUUCUGCCUCAGCGACCAGCGGCAGCGGCACCGAGAAAGAGAGAAAGCAUCACCUGCUCCAGCCGUAACCGGACUCUGAACAGGCUGAGGUCUCGCACCACUCCUGCUCUGACUGUACCACUGCCUUGGGUAACAUCGCCUCACUCGUGCCGCAUGUUUACAUUUAGAUAGCACAGUACUAAAAGAGCUCCUUUUUAUGCCUAUGCACUUUGUUUCAUAUUGUGAGGGCUUUUUUCAGGGUGUUUUGCAAGUGAAAUCCACUGGCUCGGUUGCACCUGGCGCUGCAGCUAUUUUAGCGCGAGAAACGUUAAACCUCAGCAGCCAAGCCCUGAUCCUGAUGCCUCCCAAACCUGUGUCGCAUGAUGAAACUUGAACUUCCAAACACACAGUGUCCCCUGUCAGGGGAAGCUGCCACGAACACGCCGUGCCCUCCGCCUCCAGCGCAGCCCGGGCUGCACGCAGCGCUGCCGCCCACCCCUGCAGCUGCACGCCAGACCCCGGGGACACGGCCUGAUGCCGACAGCUGACAUGCUUCAGAGGUCUCAACGGUGCUGGCAGAUUAUUUUGAGGUGUUCACAGAAAGCUGGAAAAACUUCCAGUGAAAAAAGCAGCGCUGUUGGCUGUGCACAGGCACAGAGCACAGGGGCACGGGAUGUAGCCAGCACAGGAGAGGAAAGGGGAGAAGUGCAGUGUAAGCGAUGCUCCUUUCUUAUUAACACUGUGAGUCCUGCCAGUCCUUUAAAUAGCACGGGAUAUUCCUAAAUCUGCCUGGCACGGAGGGUUUCCCAAGGGCUUUUACCCAUCACACAGGUCUUUCCAUAAUUGCGCCCUGUACAUCACUGAGGUUGUUUAUCUCCCCUCAGUUUACUGACUUGUAUAUUGUUUUUCAGAAGUAACUCUAAAAGGCAAAUAAGCAUAUUCUGUUUUCAUAUUUGGACAUCAGUGAAGCAGCAGGCAAAAAUCUUAAACCACAGAGGUUAAUUUUGCAAUAUUUUUGUAGCUAUUUAUAACAUAAUUAAUUAGGCAUUAACUUGUUACUUUGGGAGGCACUCUGCACUCUUUGAGAGCCUGGUAACUGUACCACUCCAAGAAGUGCUGCAAGCAGAACUUGUCUCCUUUUUCCUCCCCUGCUGCCAUCUGUGCUCCUGGCCAGCCUUGCUGCUCUGGUCAAAUGUGAGGGCUGAAGAAGCAGCACUUUGUUCACUUUCUUUUCUGUACAGAGUUUUCUCUUCUUGCCCUACAUAAGUGCAAAGCAAAUUCUGGCAGUUGUUGUGAAGAACUUGGCAAGAGAAAAGUUGUGGUGGACUCCUAUACAACUUCACCGUUUUAGUUUCCCUUCUCCCCUGCCCAACACACAGUGGCCACUUUUUCUGUAGCACAAUGAGGAAAAAUCUGCUGUACCUACAGAAAUGCAGUAAGCUCUUCCUUUGAAUUCUAACAAAGAAAAAUACCAAGCAAAUCCCAGCGAUUCCACAUCACGUCAGUCUCUUCAGUUAUUAAAAGCCACAGGCUGUAUUUUCCUGGAUUGAGAGGAGAUUUUUUGCUUUUAGAAGGUUUCUAUCAUUAAUCUUUUUUUAAUGAGGAACUUUCAAUUGCUGCCAGAUCAUGGUCUGUGUUUGCUUUGGCACUGAUUAGCGAAGCUGGAACUCUUUACAGUUUUGUGUAAAGUCUUUUUUUAAUUUUGUGUUGUGUCGGCCUCUGUGUGUGGGCAUAGAGUUCUACAAACAUAUUUUCCUGGAUCUUUUUAAUCAAUUUGGAGAAAUUUAUCUUUUAAAAAGUUAUUUGCUCUACAAUUAAAGCUGAUCUUGCAGUUAGGCCCUACAUUCUUGUGAACACAUUAAAACAAAGUAUCUGACCUCUUUAUAGACAGUUAACACUAAUUUAUUCAUUUAGCUGUAUCAUUACAUAUUAUACCUAAAAUGACAAAACAUAAUUCAGUUUCAAACAAAUUUAGGAAAAUUUUUCAUUGAGUAUGCUCUGAAUUUCAAAAUUUGUAAGAAAGACAAUAAAAUUAUUAAUUUCAGGUUUUCAAAAUGCUGUGAUUUUAUUGCAGUUUAAGAGGUUUUAGUGUAGCUCUUGGCAAAUGAAGUAUAUUUGGAUUUAAUGAGAUAUCUUUAUACUUAGUUAUUAAAGGAAAUUAUAAAAUGUGAAGUCCACUUUUGUACCAAAGUAAGAGCUGAAAUCUCAUAACUUGAAACUCUUAUGAAUGAUUUCUACAAUCCUACAGGAAUUUGGUGUCCUCCCUUUAAAAGGGAUUUUAUCUCCCUAGUUUUGUAAAGGGUUUAUACAAAAUGCUUUUCAAUGACAAAAGCAGGAGCAGGCCCUAAAACUUGGCCUUCUCUCCUGUUUAAUGUAGCUCAGUGUAACACUGAAUUCUUCUCUCUUUACUCAGGAUAAACUGUUGAAUUCAACUGGGCUGGAAGAUUUUCUUGGGGUUUCAAUUGCUAAAUAAUACAGGAGUUUCAGCAACACUGAUUGAUCGUGGCAGAAAUUAGACCCCAGAGCACUGUGGCCCAAAUAUUUAUGGUAUAGACAGAUAAUGUCUAUGCAAAGCAAUUAUAACCAUGAUUUCUCUGUGGAACGUUUGUGUAUGUGUAACUGUGUGUAUUUAAAUGAGGAAAAUUGGGGACAAAUCCUUCACUUUGCCAAAAUUUAUUUGUAAUGUAAAACUUCUCUAACCUCAGGAGCAAAAAAAAAAAAAUUAAAAUCAAGCGCUGUUACUCUGCAAUGGAUUUUCUAUAAAUCAAGGGGAAAAGAAUUUAAUUUCUGGAGACACAGAUGAAUUGAGGGCUCAGAUUGCACAUAUAAAGAGCUCAUCAUCAUUCAAUGUUUUACUGAGUUUUUACUGUAUGAGCUUGUGUGUCUUAUCAGUCCUACUUUUUUAAUCAUGGCGCAGGGUUAUUCAUGGCAUGCACAAAUAUACAAGUCAAAAUCUUGAGGGUGUCUGAGAGCAAGUACCUUACUUGAUGGUGAGGCAUUGGAAUCAUGUGAGUUGUUCCAGAGGUGCCAAACCACCUCUAGUUCUGCAGAUAUUGGGGGUUUGACUUAUUUGUGAGUGCAUUCUGUUCUGUAUGUAUGAACAGAGCAUGCCUGAUGCCAAUCCCAGCUUUGUUUUCCUGUAAACACUUGGCUAUUCCAUUUACAUGAUGCAUGAAUAAAGCAGAAACUGUGAGAUAUACACCAUUUGGUCUCAGAUCCCAUUAAAUUAUUGUUAAAAUAAUCCAAGCAUGGUACUUUGUAUAAAUCAUUUUACUCAGCCUGCUACAUCACUGUAUAAAAACAGCACCUAGCAAAGUGAAUAAAUCAUGUUGUUUGAUUUUACUGGUUAAGUUUAAAGAAG